AGGUAUAGGGAUCCUAAAUACUAAACUCAGUGACGGACGAAGGCAUUAGGUGCAACAGUGCAAGUAUGAGUUCAUCAAGCCAUUGCUGCUUUUCCCUGUUAUUCUUUCUUCUCUUUCACAAGAUUUCCUGUUCAACUGAUACCAUAACCGCAACUCUCUCUGUAAAAGACGGUGAAGGAGAGACCACCAUUGUUUCAUCUAAUGGGACCUUCGAACUGGGAUUCUUCAGCCCAGGUAAGUCUGAGAACCGAUAUGUUGGCAUAUGGUACAAGAACAUAUCUGUUACAACUGUGGUGUGGGUCGCCAACAGGGAAACCCCUCUAAAUACAACCUCGGGAAUCCUUAAAAUCAUCAAACCCGGAAUUCUUGUUCUCCUCAAUCAAGAUAACACCACCAUAUGGUCAACUAAUACCUCAAGAUCAGUGCAGAAUCCCAUCGCACAGCUUUUGGAUUCUGGGAAUCUUGUCAUUAAAGAUGCAGGGGAUGGCAAUGAAGAGAAGAAUUUUCUGUGGCAGAGUUUUGAUUACCCAACUGAUACAUAUUUGCCAGGGAUGAAAAUAGGUUGGGACUUUGUAACAGGGCAUGAGACAUUCCUGUCGUCUUGGAAGAGCAGCGAAGAUCCAUCCACUGGGGAGUUUAAGUAUUCCAUUAAUCGCAAUGGGUACCCACAGAAUUUCCUAAAAAGGGGUUCAAUUGUGCGAUAUAGAUCUGGUCCCUGGAAUGGCUUCCAAUUUAGUGGCUCACUAAACUCAAGACAGAGCCCUUUUUAUGAAAUUGGAUUUGUUUUUAACCCCAGAGAAGCAUACUUCACUAAUCACCUUCUUCAACCGGUUAUAACAAGGGCCACACUAAGCUGGAAUGGACUUCUAGAGCGCACAACAUGGGUUGAUAGGACUCAGCGUUGGGUCCUUUACCUAAAUGUGCCCACAGACACCUGUGAUAUUUAUAAGCUGUGUGGUGCAUAUGGGAAAUGCAAUAUCCAAACCUCUCCUGUGUGUGGAUGUUUGGACAAGUUUGUGCCGAAGAAUGAAGCUGAUUGGCUCAAGGCGGAUUGGUCUAGUGGUUGUGAAAGGAGGACGGCUCUGAGUUGCAAUGAAGGAGAGGGGUUUCUUAAGUACUCUGGUAUUAAGUUGCCAGAUACACAGAGUGUUUGGUUUAAUCAGACAAUGACACUUGAAGAGUGCAAGACACGUUGCUUGAGAAACUGCUCUUGUAUGGCUUACUCUAACAUAGAGAUACGCAAUGGAGGGACUGGGUGCUUCAUGUGGUUUGAUGAACUGCUGGAUAUUAGAUUGGUACCAAAUGAAGGGCAAGACAUUUAUAUCAGGGUGGCAGCUUCUGAAUUAGUCUCAGAGGUCAGAUCAAGUGGAAAGAAACAGAAGAUACUCAUUGUUACUCUGUUGCCAUUGGGUGGAGUACUUAUGCUAACUCUGAUCCUGGUGGUGUACUAUAGAAGAAAGAAGAAAAAUUCAGAGCUGAAACAUGAAGUAAGUCGAUGGCACAACAAGGGGGAUUACAGCAAUGAAAGCAGCAACAAUGAGUUUGAGCUGCCUGUAUUUGACUUAUCUACGCUAAAUAAGGCUACUGAUAACUUUUUAAUCGGGAACAAGCUUGGAGAGGGUGGAUUUGGACCUGUUUACAAGGGGGUGUUAGAAAGUGGACAGGAAAUAGCUGUGAAGCGGCUCUCGAAAACUUCUACACAAGGGCAGGAUGAGUUCAAGAAUGAAGCAUUGUUCAUCGCUAAACUCCAGCACAGAAAUCUAGUAAAGAUGAUAGGAUACUGCAUUGAAGGAGAAGACAAAAUGUUGAUAUAUGAAUUCUUGCCAAAUGGAAGUCUUGACUCAUUUAUAUUUGAUGAAACACAAAGCAGACUUCUAGAUUGGCCAAAGCGCUUCCACAUUAUCAAUGGGAUAGCUCGGGGACUUAUGUAUCUUCAUCAUGAUUCUCGACUUAGAAUCAUUCAUAGAGAUCUAAAAGCUAGCAAUAUCUUACUAGAUAUCAACAUGGAACCAAAGAUAUCAGAUUUUGGAUUAGCGAGAUCAUUUGGAGGGAAUGAGAUUGAAGCCAAUACAAACAAAGUAGUUGGAACAUAUGGCUAUAUCUCACCAGAAUACGCAGUACGUGGGCUCUACUCAGUAAAGUCCGAUGUAUUUAGUUUCGGUGUACUGCUAUUGGAAAUUAUAAGUGGGAAGAGGAAUACAAAGUUUUUUGAUCCAGAUAAUGACGACAUCAACCUUCUUGGACAUGCAUGGAAGCUGCAUAAAGAAGGAAGGUCAAUGGAAUUAGUUGAACCACAUCUAAGUGACACAGCUUCUCUCUCAGCAAGCGAGGUGGUUAGGUCAAUUCAUGUGGCUCUAUUGUGUGUGCAUCAACGCCCAGAAGAUAGGCCAAGCAUGUCUUCUGUGAUUGUAAUGUUGAAUAAUGAAGCUGGUGCUUUGCCUCAAGCAAGGCAGCCAGGUUUUUUCACAGAUGAUGAUGCUCAUUCUUUUAACAUGAAUGAAUUUGGAUCAACAAAUGAGAUAUCCACUACAAGUUUAUCAACAGGUGAAAUGACCAUUACAAGAGUAGACCCAUGCUAGAAAGCAUGCAUUUUUCUUUCAUUCUUUUUGUUCUAUUAUGUUCUCAAGCUUGCAUAAUAUAUACUUUGAUCCUUUGAUUUUAGAAAUGCAAAUAUAUCUCCUUGCAAAA